CGUAUUGACAAAGUAUUUUCCGGGAAAAAGCUGCGUAUAACUCAUUCUAUAGCCUUCCAAAUGAAUACACACACCCAUAACCACAAGCUUGUAUCUUUGGUCCAAAUACAAUAGCUCAUACCCAUAACCAUGGAGAAUCUUCCCGAAGAAGUUAUAUUGGAAAUCCAUCUGCGCUUGCCCAUCAAAUCUCUCCUGCGUUUCAGGUGUGUCUCCAAGCCCUGGCUCUCUCUCAUCUCUAGUCCCCAUUUCGUAGAUUUGCAUUUUCAACACUCUUCCCUACACACCCAUCGAAUCUUUUACUUUUAUUCUUCAGAAACUCUCUUCCAAAUUUCAAUCUCUAGAUCUCAAUGCAUUAUGGGUUAUUGCAGAGGGUUCUUGUUUCUAGAGCUUGAUUCUGAUUCUCAGCUUGUUAUAUGGAACCCUUCAACCCGUGUCUGCAAAAAUAUCCCACCAAUUCCUUCUCAGCUUUCUGCAUUUCUGUAUGGCUUUGGUUAUGAUUCAUUCACUGAUGAUUACUUAAUAGUGUUAGCAUUAUACAACUCCAACAGUUCAUCUGUUUCUGGUACAGAGAUUCAUAUCUUCUCUGUGAGAACCAAUUCAUGGAAACAACUUGAGGGAUGUUUCACAUUUAUCAGUCCAAUCGAUCGACCUGAUCCUAGCACUGGUUCAGUGGCUGGUUCGACCUUAAACGGUGCUAUUCAUUGGUUGGCUUUGUGUGCUGAAGCGGGGCAAGCUUCAUCACACGCAGCAAUAAUAUCAUUGGAUUUAACAGAAAAGAGUUUACGUGAAUUUGUGCCUUUGCCUGGUGAUUUCAAUUAUGAAACAUGUGAAUUGAAAGAACUUGGAGGAUGUCUUAGUCUAAUUGGAACGAAUAAUUCAAACCAAAUUGAGAUUUGGAUGAUGAGAGAAUAUGGGGUGGAAUCAUCUUGGAGUAUGCAUAUGUGCUUGUCUCUUGCUGAUGAACUUCUGGCUUACUACAUUUCACCAAUAUGCUUCACCAAAGAUGGUCAAGUUGUUGCAGUGUGUGGUACAAGUUUGAUGAAGUUGGAUGAGAAAGGAGAAGUAGCAGAAUGUUCUGGUCACGAUUUGGAUGGGUUUGAUGCAGAUGGAGUAGUUUAUGCUGAGAGUCUUUUUUGCCUCCGCUGUGGUCAAGAGCAAAGCUUGGAACACUAGCUGUCUAGCUGUCCUCUAAUCUUAAUGUCGCAUAUAAGAAACUAAACUGGAGUUAAUUA